AUGGGAAAGAUCUUUACAAUUACAUCAGAUAAUGGAGCGAAUGUAAAAGCUGCUAUAAAUAAAAUUGAAGGAGUUAGUAGAAUGCCUUGUAUGGCACACACACUUCAGCUCGUAGUUGGCAAAGGUCUUUUACCAGCUGAA